CGAGGCCGGCGGGCGCCGCGCGCGGGGGCGGCCGGCAUCAUCAUGACAACAGAAAAGAGCCCAGCAGCUGACGCUGACAGCUCAGAGCAGCAGCAAGCCAAGGAGGAGGAAGGAGCUGCUGAAACACAGAAGCAAGAGGCUUCCCUGGAGGAAGGGGCUCAGCCAACACCAGAGAGGCAGCCCCAGAGGCAGAAGGCCUCCAACGGAGAAACCCCCACGCACGAGGAGCAGGGCAAGAAAGAACGUCGCGCCUCCGAGGGCCGAGGUCUCUCCCGCCUCUUUUCCUCCUUCCUCAGGAGGCCCAAGUCUCAGGUAUCCGAAGAGGACAAGGACACUGAUGCUCCUAAAGAGGCGGGAGGUGACCAGAAAGAUGCAGGAUUAGGAGCCAGCCCUGAUGAAGAUACCUUGGUGAAAGCCCCGAUUGCAGCUCCUGAGCCCGAGCUCAAAACUGACCCAUCGCUGGAUCUCCAUUCCUUGAGCAGUGCAGAAACACAGCCUGCUCAAGAAGAGAGGAGGGACGACCAGGAGCCUUUGGGAAGAGACCUCGAGGACAGGGAAGAAGGAGAAGCAAAGGAAGAGGGUGCCAAGCCAGAACUGAAGCCAGAGUCUCUGGAGACUAAAGCAGACAAGGAUUUGAAAGCUGCCCAAAAAGUAGUGAAAAGACACAGAAACAUGUACUGCAAAGUUGUCUUGCUGGAUGACACCAUUUUUGAGUGUUCUGUGGAUAAACACACCAAGGGACAGGAUCUACUUAAAAAAGUCUGUGACCACCUCAAUCUGCUGGAAGAAGACUACUUUGGUUUGGCCACAUGGGACACACCAACCUCCAGGACGUGGCUGGAUCCUGCCAAAGAAAUAAAAAAGCAGGUUCAUGGAGGCCCCUGGGAUUUUACCUUCAAUGUCAAGUUUUAUCCACCAGAUCCUGCCCAGCUAACAGAGGACAUCACCAGGUAUUACCUGUGUCUGCAGCUCAGACAGGACAUCCUGACAGGGCGGCUGCCCUGCUCCUUUGCCACCUUGGCUCUGCUGGGUUCCUACACUGUCCAGUCAGAGUUGGGAGACUAUGAUCCUGAUCUCCAUGGCCCAGAUUACAUCAGUGAAUUCAAACUGGCCCCAAACCAGACAAAAGAGCUUGAAGAAAAGGUUGUGGAGCUCCAUAAAACAUAUAGAUCCAUGACUCCUGCCCAAGCAGACCUGGAAUUUCUUGAGAAUGCAAAAAAACUAUCUAUGUAUGGAGUCGACCUUCACCAUGCCAAGGACUUGGAAGGAGUGGAUAUCACUCUGGGAGUCUGUUCCAGUGGCCUUCUUGUUUACAAAGAUAAACUGAGAAUCAACCGCUUCCCAUGGCCCAAAGUCCUGAAGAUUUCCUACAAACGCAGCAGCUUCUUCAUAAAGAUUCGGCCAGGGGAGCAAGAACAGUAUGAAAGUACAAUUGGGUUCAAGCUACCAAGUUACCGGGCAGCAAAGAAGCUCUGGAAAGUAUGUGUUGAACAUCACACCUUCUUCAGGCUGACUUCCACGGAGGCCAUCCCGAAGAGCAGGUUCCUGGCGCUGGGCUCCAAGUUCCGCUACAGCGGCCGCACGCAGGCGCAGACGCGGCAGGCGAGCGCCCUGAUCGACCGCCCCGCGCCCCAGUUCGAGCGCACGGCCAGCAAGAGAGCGUCCAGGAGCCUCGAUGGAGCAGUGGCUGUGAUAACCCCAGAGCGGAGUCCCCGGCCUACCUCAGCCCCAGCCAUCGCUCAGAGCCACCCUGCAGAACCAGCCCCAGCUAAGUCCAGUGUGAAGGACGUGACCACAUCUAAAGUAGGGAAGGAAACAGCAAAAUCUGAUGUGAGACGUGAAGAAUUUCCCCUGGAGAAACCUGAGGAGCCAGUGGACGCCUCAAAGGUGAGGAAAACACAUAUUGAGGUCACAGUCCCCACCACGAAUGGUGCCCAGCCCCAGCAGCAGCCUGCAGAAAAAGAGGAAGAGCUGAUAAGAAUGAGGAAGAAGAGAUCAAAGAGGCUAGAUGGUGAAAACAUUUAUAUCAGGCAUAGCAAUUUAAUGUUGGAGGAUCUAGAUAAGACCCAGGAGGAAAUAAAGAAGCACCAUGCCAACAUCAGUGAGCUGAAGAAGAACUUCAUGGAGUCCGUGCCCGAGCCUCGGCCGAGUGAGUGGGACAAACGUUUGUCCACCCACUCCCCGUUCCGCAGCCUCAACGUCAACGGGCAGAUCCCCACGGCAGCGGACGGAGUCAAGAAAGUCACUGUCCCAUCUUCUGAGAGACAGCCCCCGCUAGUGAAGACACAGACUGUCACCAUCUCUGACGUGUCCAGCGCUGUCAAAAGUGAAAUUCCCACAAAGGAAGUCCCCAUUGUCCACACAGAGACAAAGACCAUCACCUACGAAGCUGCACAGACAGAUGGCGGCAAUGGCGAUUUAGACCCUGGCAUCCUGCUCACUGCCCAGACCAUCACUUCAGAAACCACCAGCAGUACCACCACCACCCAGAUCACCAAGACUGUGAAAGGUGGCAUUUCAGAGACACGGAUUGAGAAGAGGAUUGUCAUCACGGGAGAUGCAGAUGUAGACCAUGACCAGGUCCUGGCACAGGCGAUCAAGGCUGCCAAGGAGCAGCACCCAGACAUGUCGGUGACCAAAGUGGUUGUGCACCAGGAGACAGAGAUUGCAGAGGAGUAAUUGGGCUGUGAAACGUUCCUGCCCAUGACAACACCAGGAAAAAGAAACCCAGCAAAACUACCAAGAAACUACCUGGAGCACAAAGACCUCGGAUUUCAGACUUGACACUCAGAGACAUUCAUAUCAUUUAUUAAGAGUUGCGCUUUGACAUUUUACUUGAGAUUUUUCCAGAGUCCACUAGAUCCUACUGGAUAUAGGGUUUUGUUUUGUUGGGUUUUUUUAUAUCUAUCGCGACAGAAAUAUGCCAUAUUUCUAACUUCUAAAAUAUUUCUAGUAUUUUUUACAGGUUUUCAGUUUUGCAUUCCCUCUCACGCAAAGCCUCUUCAGACACAGAAUCUCACCUCACAGGGCUCCAGGGCUCCCUGUUUUAACUCGUAUUCCCUCUGCCAGGGAUAACGGAGCUGUUCCGUGCGCGUUCCCGGUGCGGGCUCUGUGUGCGCCUUCACAAAGCCAUGGGUCCUUCUUCCAGGAGAGUCAGUUUAAAGAGUCAGACUUUGUGCAGCAUUUCCGAUUGCCUCUAGAUUAUUUUUGUAGCUCUGGGGAGCUCCAGCCCCGCUGCAACCCCUGGGCUGCUCUGAGCUCCCUCGCCACUGGGUUCCAGCUCUGAUGUGUGAUCACAGUAGGGUUUUGUGGUGUAGCCUGUGCACACAUCUGAGUAGUUGACUAGAUUUAAGGAAUACUGGAAGUUGCUUCAAGUAUCUUAUACUGUGAAUUUUAGAGCUUUAAGAGGAUAGCAUCUCGCCUUCUUCCCGUGUGUCUCUGCUGAGUGCUCCCCACCUAUUUGUGUUUUCUAGAUGCCAUUAAAUUAAAAAGCCCUUAGAAGUGUGUGUUUAAGGUGUUUGGACUCGGGAUGCUAUUAAGGUAGGCUUGUGCAGCAUUCACAGGAACUGAGCUUUUCAAUGUCAUAGUUUUUCACUUGUUUGUGUUCAUGAUUUUUAAAUUACGGAGGGGUUUUUUGGUUUUUUUUGUAAGUCAUGGGUUGGGUUUUUUUCCUCCCCUCACAGUGCUAUUUAAAGCUGAACACGUUACGCAUUUCUCAGAGCGUGUAUGCUACUAGCAUUUAAUUUAAACUCCUUUAGACAAUCCUUCCUAGGCCUGCAAGCUGUAUUUGGAGAGGCUGAACAAGGAAUUUUAGGAGGUGUCAGGUGUUGCUGAUUGUGAAAGAGCCAAACCACAUGGGAAGUGUUGACAUUCCCUCUUCCACACUGGCCUGUGGGUCUGGAUUUGCCUUCAUGACCCCCUUGCUGGAAUGAAGUAUCAGGGUGAUUGUCUGAAUCUUGAGGCUGAGCUUACAGACCCCCAGGGCCAUCUCCAGCACAGAGAGGGUGAUGCAAAAACAAUGAUUUCAGGGGCUGGAUGUGCUCCCAUUUCUGCUCUCUAAGCUUCAUGGGAAUGUUCUUGCCUGGUUUGUCCUUCCACCAUUUAAAUUCAAGAAGCAAAAAACCAACCAAGCUCUGUAAAGAGUCUGCCCAGACACUUGUGAACACUUUAGUCCACUUGAGGUUGUGAUUUUUUUUUUCUUGUAUAAAUAUACAUAUACAUAUAUAUAUAUGUAUAUAUAGUGUGGCACAGUGGUAGCUGAGGGCAAGGAGUGCUCUGCUCCUCAGGAGAGGAUGGGAAAAAAAUGACAAUAAAGAGAAAAGCUCUCCAGUUUUAAAUUUGAAUCAUGUAUUUCAGAAGUCACUGGAUUUAGCUCAGGCUGCAAUGACUGCACUGUUUAGCUGCAGCCAGCCCUGGAACUACACUGGGGCUGGUGCAGCUUCUCAGCUUCAGGUGCAAUUUUAAUUAAGCUGUCAGUAUUGAUUGGAGACUCUGCUGGAGCUGCUGGAUUUUGGCUCUCUUUGAGCUUUGCUGGCCCUGGUCCUGCUCAGCCUCCAGCCCUCCUGUGCCACAGCUGCCUCUGGGCCGCUCUGGUGCAGGUUUCCCUCCUGGGACACUCUGCCUCCCUCGGGGCAUCCUGCUCUGGGGAUUGAGGGAGUCCUGGGCUCUGGUGCAGAGAUUAAGUCUUCCUAUCCAUGUCUGAAAAGCCCUUCCUUGUUCUGCCACGCAGGCCCUGGCCGAGGCUCUGCUGUCCUCAGCUGAGUUGGGUCAUGCUUGCCUUAAACACCCAUCAUGCUGAGCACCCUCUGCCACUGCCCUUUUUCUGGAAGUUGAGUCCUUUGCCACUCAAUCCUUCCAUCUCAUUUGCAACAGACACCUGAAGAGUGAAGGGGCACAUGGAGCAGUGGCUGAGAGGAUUUCUGGGCUUUACCAGGCACAGCCAACAUGAUAAAUGAAGUUUGUCCGUAGCACUUAAAGGCACUUGGCUGUCAGGAGAGUUUAGGGGAGUGUGGUCCAUGGUGUUCCCUUGGGGUGUCCCGUGCCCUGAGCACGAUGAGUGGGACAGAACACCCCAAGCAGGGAUUUCUGGGUGAGGAGCCUGCUGGCAGGAGAGUUCCUUUCCAAAAGGAUGUGCUCACUGUUGCUGCACGUGUCCCUUGUUAAAGGGCCUGUAGACUAGAACCCCAUUUUUUUUUCCCUUGGAUUUUGGGUGGCUGUUUUCCAUUUUCACACUUCCCCCUGCUGAGUUCUUGCUUCUCCUGGAGUAAUUCAGACAAGUCCUGGCCUCAUGUGCCCUUUGCCAUCUCCUGCUGUGUAACCUCAGGGGUCUCCAGCCCCGCUCCUGCCAACACAGUGCCCGAGCCAGGAGCCUGGGAAGAAGAUGCAAGUUAAAAGCAGAAGAAGCUUCUCUCACCCUCAGCCAAGGCCAUGGUGGGGCUGCCCACUUCCCUUCUACCUCUGGUGGGAUUUAAAAUCCUUGGCUCUGAGCAUGCUGUGUCAGCUCUAGGGACAAACCAGCUAAGUAAGGUCUAUUUAUAUGAAUGUUCCCAGCUCUUCCCACUCCACAAAUUCACCUAGAGACUGUCUUGAUUGUAUAAUAUGCAUUAUAUGGAAGCUAUUUAUAUAUGAAUGAAUGUUUUUAUAGAAAGGAAGGCAAGGAGCUCUUGUUCUUCUCCAUUAGAUUGGAAUGGCAGCUCCAGUUGCCCAAUAGGAGUCCCUGACCAACAGAGAUGUGUUAGCAAAGGACUGACUGAUUUCUGAUUUUAAUAAACUGUGGUUUGCUGAUUUUCCUAAUUGUACAAUUACCUUAAGAGGUGGUAGUGUCCCAGCCUUAGAGAUGUAACUUGUAAAAAACAAAACAAAAAAAAUUAUUUAGUUGAGAAGAUGAAGGAGCUUUGUAAAAAUUUUUUAAGGCAAUUGUGAAUUGUCUAGGUUAGGCAUUUACAACUCUUUAUAAAAAUAGGAACUUUUAAAGUUGGCAAAACUUUCUAGAUCAACUAGUGAUGGGAGUUGUUAUUUUGGAUUUUCAUAGUGAAUCAAAGGGAAAGUUGCCAUAGUGUUUAGGCAGACCUAAGUGUUCAGUAUUGCUUCUUGUACUGCAUUUUUCAAUAAA